AUGCCUACCAUGUGUACGGCAGUGCGUGAAAUCGAGAAGAAUCCUCGCCUCAGUGAUUUGAUUCUGAAGUUCUUUCAUAUACCGGCUGGCAUCGCGCCGGCGCUCGUCCACUGCGGGGUCAGACAAGGUAGACUUUUUCGGCGAAUGGCCAACCACGUCCCUCGAGAAAUACACCAUUUAACACAAGACAGAAUCGGGAUCUUGAGAUUGAGUUCUCUCUAUGGAUCCUCGGCGACUGGCUCUUCGACACCAUGGAGUCUAUCAGCUCGUCAUAGUUCUUUGCAAGCCGGUGAAGACAAGGCUGGACACAUCAGCGCAGGUCCCAAUGAAGGCAUCCUCUUCUUUAACAAUGUGUUUCCCAUCCAAAUACGCAAGAUCAUGGGCCUCUCGAUCCCUAAGGUCUUGGACAGGCUGAUUAGUCCCACCAUGUCAGGGACAGAUCCGACCACCGUCAUCCAGAGGCUGAAUACCAAACGCAACCUGCAGGUCACCGCUACCGAAGUCCUUCCACGCAUGAGAGAGGGUGGAGCAUUUGUCAAAUUUACGCACGACGCAAGCACUUCGCCCUCAGAGGUUGAAAGAGCAUUGCAAGAGUACUUGAGAGAUGAACCGGUCAAGCCAUGGUGGAGCCCUUGGCGUCGCAUGCGUGCAAAGGCAGUCAAAGGACGGCCAUGGGUAGAGGAUUUGAUGCGCCUUCCAUCAACAAGAUUAAGAGUCGAGUUCAUAUCUGGGGAGCCGGGUGCGCCACCUACUGACGCUGUUGAGCUUAGUCAGGAAGAGCUUUUCCAAUUCUUCAGACCGUAUGGCAAGUUGGGCGACAUCGUAAUGCAGCCUCCGGAUUCAAAAGUUCUGCCCAAAUUUGCUUAUCUGGAUUAUACAAGUCUCGGCAAAGCUAUCAUGGCGAAGAACUGUAUGCAUGGGUUUCUAGUGUCGGAAGCCGAGGGCGGUGGCAAGAAAGGGACGAUUUUGAGGCUCAAGUACGAGCAGAAGAUUAAGCCGAAAUACGUUCGAGACUGGAUCUUCGGCCACCCCAGAAUCAUCAUUCCGAUUGUGGCUGCUCUGAUAGCUGGUACUGUCGCCAUCGUAUUCGACCCCAUCCGUACAUUCUUCGUCAAGGCUCAUAUCACAAGAAACUUUCACAUUGAAGAUAACAAAUGGUACCAGUGGAUCAAAGGCUAUGCAACCAACAUCAUUCACGGCGGUAGACACGACGACGACGAUGGCAGCAGUGUCAUCUGGGACGACCGCAAGGGGAAUAUUGAGCAAAUCCAGACAUGGCUUAUGGAAACCGCCGAUACCUUCAUCAUUGUACAGGGUCCUCGUGGCUCGGGCAAGCGGGAACUCGUGGUCGACCAGGCCCUGCAGGACAAGAAGCUCAAGCUUGUUCUAGACUGCAAGCCCAUCCAGGAAGCGCGAGGUGAGAGUGCGACCAUCAAUGCCGCUGCACUUUCUGUUGGCUAUAGACCCGUGUUCUCUUGGAUGAAUAGUAUCAGCGGUAUGAUCGAUAUGGCUGCACAAGGUGCGACUGGCGUGAAGACAGGAUUCUCUGAGACCCUGGACUCACAGCUCAGCAAAAUCUGGAACACGACGACAUCGGCUUUGAGGCAGAUCGCAUUGGAAACAAGACAGAAAAACGACAAAGAUGCCCAUCUGGGUGAUGACGAGUGGCUUGAAGCGCAUCCUGAACGCAGACCUAUUGUGGUAAUCGACAACUUUCUGCACAAGAGUCAAGAGGGCGGUAUUGUCUACGACAAGAUUGCAGAAUGGGCUGCACGUCUUACGACGACCAAUGUAGCUCAUGUCAUCUUCCUGACGAACGAUGUCGCUUUCAGCAAAUCGCUCUCCAAAGCCAUGCCCGACCGCGUCUUCCGACAGAUUUCACUUUCCGAUUGCAGUCCAGAGGUAGCCAAACGUUUCGUCGUGACACACUUGGAUGCAGAUGUCGAAGAUGAGCCCAUGCCCAGGGAUGGAUCGCGCAAGAGGCUCCCCUCUGAGCACCGAACAGAUCUCGACGAGCUUGACACAUGUAUCGAUCUGCUCGGUGGACGACUCACAGACCUAGAAUUCCUAGCGAGAAGGAUCAAGACUGGUGAGACACCGACCAAGGCGGUCCGUGAAAUCAUCGACCAGUCAGCCUCUGAGAUUCUUAAGAUGUAUAUCUUUGGCGCAGAUGAUGAGGGCAGCAACCGCCAAUGGAACGCCGAACAGGCGUGGCUACUUAUCAAGACACUUGCCGAGAAAGAGAGCCUGCGAUACAACGAGGUACUCUUGGAUGACAUAUUGAAGGCUGGAGGCGAAUCUGUUCUUCGCGCUCUUGAGCAAGCCGAGCUCAUCUCGAUUGAAUCGGGUCCAAACGGAAGGCCGUCGGCCAUUAGGCCCGGCAAACCCGUCUACCUUUCUGCCUUUAGGAGGCUGACAGAGGACAGAGUGCUAAAGAGUCGUCUGGAUCUUGCCGUUUUGACUAAUUUGUCCAAGAUUGAGAAUGCGACGAUUGACAAGUGCGAGAAUGAGUUGUUGCUGCUGAGCAGGCUGAAGACACAGCCGGUGCAGACGACGGGACGGAUCAAUUAUCUUUUGACGAAGAUGAUGACUAGCCAGAACAAGGUGGAGAAGUACGAGCUGGAGAUGAAGGGACUGAAGCAGGUACUUGGAGAUGAAUACUAG